UUUUAAUUUCCCUUUUCACGCGUUGGUUUCGCAAGCAGGACCCGGAAAGCUUUGCAGAGGUUGCGUUUCCUUCAGCUUUUCGGGCUCCAGAAGGAAAGAGAGUUACAUCAGGAGCGUGACUUCUCCUCCUCUCGCCCCGCGGAACGGCUGCACCUCACGCCAGCCCCUGGCGGAGGAGGCUCCCUCCUGCACGCAGGGAGCGCUCGCUGAGCUUGUCAGAAGCGAUGCAAAAGGGGCUGCCCGCCCCCAAGCGUCUGAUGUCUGGGGGGCGGCAGAGGGGCUGUUCCUGCUGCCUUGUAUUCCUUAGAAGCAGAGAGUCGGGGGCAAGUGUGGGAGAUGCCGGAAUUUUAAAACAAAAUCAUAAUUAUUCUAAUUUAAUUUGCAAAAUAGCGUGAAAAUAGAAUUUCACUCGACCGCCAAAGAAACCCUUAAUUCUAGAUUUUAGAAUAAUUAUAAUAGCUUAUGUUUCUCAUCAGGGAAGUUCGUGACUUUGAGGAGUCCUAGGUCUACAAUCUCUCCUGAAAAUCUGAAAUAACAUUUUAAAAUAUAUGGUUCCUUCCUUUUUUUAUUUUUUUUUUCCCCUCUGGCGCAAGCGAUUGUCUGAGAGUUCUUGGGACAGAGUUAUUUAAAUUUACUUGAAGCCGCUGUAAAGCAGCCCAGAAAUUUCAGCUGUGGUUUUGAGUAGUUUUAAUUCUCAUUUUCCUACUACCUCUUUUUCAUUGUUGGUUAUAGGCUCCUUCUAAUGAAAUUUAAUUAAAGAUAGCGGUGUUAUGAAAAGAUAGCUGCGCUUGAAAUCAGAUAGCCUGAAUUUGAUUGUUUUGUAGAUAUUUUAAGCUUUUCUGAACCUCAAUUUCCCCAUCUUUAAAAUUGGGAAUAAUAGUUCAGUCUACCCCCACAGAGUUAUUGUGGUAGUCAAAUAUCUAUUCAAUCAAUCAGUUUAUUAAAAAUAAUUUUAUUAUGUUGAUUGCUUUGCAAUAUAUAGAGUAUUCCAUGCAUAUUACCUUUUAUGUAUCAUAUUAUAUAAAUAUAAUAUAUAAAGCAUCAUAUAAAUCAGGAUAUUCUAAGUUAAUCACAGAACCCUACAUAGUUGAUUUCUGAUUAAUUUGUAUUUCUGAGUUAUAUUUUUCCUGUGAUUCAAAUCAAUUUGCUUUUGUCUAUUAACUCUAUGUGAACGUCUGGGUUCCAGAUACAAUAUAUUUUUCUUAUAUUAUCUAUUUCCAUAAAAUUUUAUUCUUUUUACUGUCCUAUGAAACCAUUGUGUUAUACAUAAGUUACCUAUUAUAGUAAUAAGUGAUAAUUGCUCCUACACAAAAAAUCUCCAAACUUCAUUAUUAACAAUUUUUUUUCACCCACUAGUCUCAAAAGAUCCUCUACCAGGACUAUUUUCACUAGAACUUUCUUCCCUAUUGACUACAUUCUGCAUAAGAACUGGGAACUCUUACAGUGGAAAAAGGAUAACAGAAUGGGAGAAAUUAAAGAAGCAGAAAAUCAUUACAAUAAAGGGGAAAGAAUUCUGAACUCUGAAUUUGACUUUUUUGUAUACUACAUGUCAAAUAUUUUCCAAUUGUUCAGCCAUGCAGUAAGAUCCAGUCUUUGGAAUUUGGAGGUGCUGAGAUGAAUCGUUACCUGAAUUUUUGGAUACUUUCAGUUAAUUAUUACCAGCAAUGUCGCUUCUACCAUCUUUCUCAUCUAUCCAGAAGAAACAGACUUAACCUAAAGAGGUGCAUUUUUAGGCCAAAUUGGAACCAUAUAUAUUAUUUUCCAUUACAAAGAAACUGGUCAAGGCAAUAUUGUCAGCAAGAUACCAAGAUACUGUGGAAACAUAAAGCACUACAGAAAUAUGUGGAGGACUUGAGUGGAGAAUAUCAGAAACUUGAUGGAUUAUUGCAUCAUAUUUCGGUGAGUGAAGGUGAUCGAAGGACUAUGAGUAAAAGACAUGCUGAGUUGGCUCAGUUUACUGCCAUCUAUAAAGAAAUUCAAGAGUCUGAAAAAGCAAUUGAAGAAUUAGAAUCAAUGUGUAAAAGUUUAGACAAACAAGAUGAGAAACAGUUACUUGAACUUGCUUUGGAAGAAAGAGAAGUCAUUAAUCAAAAGAUCAACAGGUUAUGCAGAGAGCUUUUCCAGUCUCUAGUGCCAAAGGACAGAGAUGACAAGAAUGAUAUUAUUUUAGAAGUAACAUCUGGAAGAACAACUGGAGGUGAUAUCUGCCAACAGUUUACCAGAGAAAUCUUUGAGAUGUACCAGAACUAUUCCUGUUACAAGGGUUGGAACUUUGAGACUCUAAACUACACUGCAGCUGACUAUGGUGGCUUGCACCACGCAGCAGCUCGAAUUUCUGGUGACAGUGUCUAUAAGUAUUUGAAGUAUGAAGGUGGAAUUCAUCGAGUUCAAAGAAUUCCUGAAGUCGGCCUUUCCUCAAGGAUGCAGCGCAUUCAUACUGGAACAAUGUCUGUUAUUGUUCUUCCUCAGCCAGAUGAGGUAGACAUUAAAGUGGAACCCAAGGACUUGCGUAUAGAUACAUUUCGAUCCAAAGGAGCAGGAGGGCAGCAUGUUAAUACAACGGACAGUGCUGUACGAAUUGUUCAUCUUCCCACAGGAUUAGUUGUCGAAUGCCAGCAAGAACGGUCACAGAUGCAAAAUAAAGAUAUAGCUUUGCGUGUCUUAAGAGCUAAACUCUACCAGCAGACUGUUGAAAGAGAACAAAGCAAAAGACAGAGUGUUCGAAAAUUGCAGGUGGGAACAAGAGCCCAGUCAGAAAGAAUUCGGACAUAUAACUUCACCCAGGACAGAGUCACUGACCAUAGAAUCUCUUACGAAGCUCGAGAUAUAAAGGAAUUUUUAUGUGGUGGGAGACCUCUGGAUAUGCUGAUCCAAAGGCUGCUAGUGUCAGCAAAUGAAGAAGCCCUUGUUGAAAUUUUGGAUAAUCACUUUAAAUCUUUUGAAGAAAGGAAGUAAAAUAAACCUUGUUAGAAAAAAACAAAGAAACUUGGGUUGGUUUGUUCAG